GGGAGCGACGUGGGCCUCUAUGGGAGGCGGGGCCUCGGACGCCGCUCUCGCUUUCCCCUCACAGAGAUGCCGCCGCUUCCCAUUGGCUGUCGUUUGAGUCCCAGGGCACGCCUCCGCUGCCUAGUUCGCCGCCUCCUCAUUGGUCGAAUUGACAGGAGCCUUCCCGCCGUUGGCUGCCGUGCUAUGCGUCGGCGCCGCUGAUAGGGCGCGUGCGUCCGGCCAACCGCCGCUCUCUGCGAGUCCCGCCCUUCCCCUGACCGGGAAUUAGAGUUGUUCUGAGUUCCUGAGGAAAGGCGGGUAAAUGAGGCGGGGGUGCGCGAGGCUUUCCAGGGGGCGCCGCUGGUAGAUGGGGUGCGGGCGUCGCCUGCCAUCCUUUUUUACCCGAAGGGGGGUGGUGUCUGAAUCAUGUUGCACUUUUCCCUGGGGAUAUUGCUGGGCCUUGCAGCCUGCUGUGCUUCCCUGGAUAACGGACUGCUGAAGACUCCGCCAAUGGGCUGGGUGCCUUGGGAACGUUUUAGAUGUAACACAGACUGCAAAAAUGAUCCUGACAACUGCAUCAGUGAACACUUGAUCAAGGCUAUGGCAGACAGGCUGGCUGGCGACGGGUGGUUGCGGCUCGGCUACAAGUAUGUCAACCUGGAUGAUUGCUGGGCAGCAAAUAAAAGAGACGCGCAAGGCAGGUUGCAGCCAAACCCCGAAAGGUUUCCCAGUGGCAUUAAAGCCCUUGCCGAUUACGUUCACUCCAAAGGCCUGAAGUUUGGCAUCUACAGUGACCUGGGCAGCAAGACCUGCUCAGGCUACCCUGGGACGACCCUGGAUACUAUUGAGACAGAUGCGAAGACCUUUGCCGAGUGGGGGGUUGACAUGCUGAAGCUGGAUGGCUGCUUCUCCAAUUCUUCCAUCAAGGCAGCAGGCUACCCAAAGAUGAGUGCGGCAUUGAACAAAACAGGACGGCCCAUUGCCUUUUCUUGCAGCUGGCCUGCCUACGAGGGGGGCCUUCCGCCGAAGGUGAAUUAUACCUUACUUGGCAAAAUAUGUAACCUGUGGAGAAAUUUUGGUGAUAUCGAAGACUCUUGGGACAGCCUCUUCCACAUCAUUGAGUGGUACGGAAAUCAUCAGGACAUAAUUCAGCCUGUUGCAGGACCGGGAAGGUGGAAUGAUCCCGAUACGCUGAUCAUUGGUAACUUUGGCCUGAGCUACGAGCAGUCGAAAGUGCAGGUGGCCCUGUGGGCAGUGCUGGCGGCCCCUUUCUUCAUGUCCUGUAACUUACGGACUAUCUCGACCGAGGCCAAGAACAUCUUGCAGAACCCACUGCUCAUCUACAUCAACCAAGACAAUCUGGGGAUUCAAGGGAAGCGUAUUGCAAAGAGCCAACACUUGGAAGUAUGGAAGAGGCCCCUCGUCAAUGGCCAGUUCGCGGUAGCAGUGAUGAACAAUGGCACCGAUGGGACACCGAAGCCAAUUGUGACGACUUUGGGACUUCUGGGCAUCUUGGACUGCAAGGCAGGCUACAAGGUCUAUGAAGUGCUGGAAAAGUUGUUCAUGGGGACCUACAAGCUCAACGAUCCCAUUCGCACCAAGGUCCCUCCAACCGGCGUGGUCCUGUUCUUCCUCAGGCCUUUGUGCUGAUCUUCCCUUUCAGCAAGGACUCAGCGUGCUUCAGAUGUCAGAAGGGAAGCCGGCAGCUAAGGAAAUCAGCAGCCAAGGCACAAAAGCUUCUUCUUCCUCCUUGUGGAGGGCUUUGGCAACGAGCACAGGGGAUAAACAGAACCAUGGAAAAGCUAGACCCUCCGCCCAAUUUCUCUGGGUGUUUUGGGGAUAUUUAGAAAACUCUCCUGACAAGUAUGUACUUACCUGUGUGGAAGAGAGUUGCAGGACCCCAAAGGAGCUGCCUCCACGGAAACUACCUUUUCUGGAUUAACCUCACAAAACUGCACAAGAGGGAGGGUGCAAUUCCCACUGCUGCACAGAAAGCUUAUGCGCAUGGCGCAGAAUGGCCCAUGUCCAUCCAUUGGCACCUUCAGCCAUGCAGGAAAACAACUGCUGCAAAAGUGUUGUGUGUGGCGCAGCCCUUGAAGGUAGCAGGAACCAGGGGCAGUUUGGAAGCUAAGCGCAUAUCCUUCCCUCCAUCCUCAUUAGGAUUACCUGGAAAAUCAUGGAAGUGCCCUGUCCUUUGUCGCUCAGGUCUCCAGUCCCUCUCCCAAAUCAAUGAAGUCGUACUGGUUUUAAUGGUAUGGUUGUGUCCUCUGAUGGCCUGGCUCUCUUUCCAUUUCUUUCCGUUCAGAGAGAAGGGGUUCCCCCAUCUCCUAGGCCGCAGGAGCACAGCUUCUCUUUCUUACAAACCCUCUUUGUCUCCCUUACUGCAAGACAGCCCAAACCCACACUAUGCUGUGCAUGGAAUUCUGCAGCUAAACAUGUCUGCUCUUCUCUGUGCAGGGGAAAAGGGGUUUCUUAACUACAUCUUGACACUUGAAAGUAGCUCUCCUAGGUAAGUAAAGGAAUGCUUUCUGGUAUCUGCUGGUUUGAUAUGGUCUGCAUGUGCACCAUAUAUUUAAAACAUACUCCCCUCCCCCUCCACAAACAGAAUCCUGGGAAUUGUAGUUUAUCCCCUACAGAGCUGCAGUUCCCAGUACCCUUAACAAACAACAGUUCCCCCAGGAUUCUUUGGGGAAAGCCGUGUGCUUUAAAUGUAUUGUGCAUUUGCAGCCUUAAUCUGGAAGAAGAGCCUCUUUCACAGCAACGUCCCAUCACCGAAAAGCCCCUUCAGUCAGUUUUAACUAUCUUUCCACCUAACUUCAGGCAGUCGGUAGUAGAGGAAUUAAUUUACGCGAUCCAUAGAACCGAAAAAAGAGAGUGUUCUUCAGUGACAGAGGUUUGUGCCUUUAUAAUUUCAGAAGCAAACAGUUGCCCGUUUAAGAACUGCAACCAACAUAGCAUUUUAUUUUAUUUAAGCGGAGCAUGUUAUUCUGCAUUGAAAUGUAUGGAGUAGGCAGAAACCUAAGAGUUUGGGAGCUGGAUCUGCAAUGCAGUCUUUUCCUUCAUGAGUCCCAGAGGAAGAAGCAGGAGUUGUGCAGAAUGCAGGUUCACAUCUAAACAAAUGUGGCUACAGGGCUGCGUGUGAUCAUCAGACACAGCCCAGAUUUUGGGUGCCCUGAAGGGCUUGAGACAGACAGACCUGACCUCUCUGGGGGCACACUCCCAGUUCUUUCAUUGGGGCUUGUGGAGGAGAACUUCGCAGGCAGCUGUGACCCUGUGUUGAGGCAGCUGGAAAGAGGCAGCUGAUUCGGCUGCAGUGGAUAUAACAGAUAAUGAACCCCUAGGGUCCAGUUCAAGUGAGGCAGACUCACCUGUCCGUUGCAUUUCUUCCUGUAUGCUUUAUGGCUGUCCCUAAAGCCGCAGCAAUUAACCUGCAGUAAAACAUAGGUUUAUAAUAGUUGCACAGGAGCAAUUAACAUUGCCAGGAAGUACCGCUGCCCUGCUAAGAAAGCUUCUUCACAGAGUGCUUGACUUCAGCAUACUCCCUGAAACUAAAGUAGGACUACACAGAUAAUGUGCCACUUUUUAAACAGUUGUUGAUAUCAAUUCUAACCUCUAUGGACCACCUUCUCCCAGGUGUGACCUGUUGUACGCACCAGUGUCUGAGGCUCUACUCUGGGUUUCCCAACCCAUUGAGGUUUGACUAGGUGGAGCAGGGACUUUUUGGUUGUGGUGUCAACUGGAAUUUGCACUGUUUGGAGCCCUGUAUGCCUUCUGGCUCCUGGUGGAAGACUUUGCUCUUUAAGUGUCCUUUGGGGGAAGCUGAAGCAAGGACUUCUUCUUCUUUUUUGCCUUUUUUGUUCCAACUGCUGAUUGCCUUAUUUCAGUGUUGUGUUUUGAUAUUCUUUUGAUAGUUUUGUAUUUCAGUGGUGUUUGCUGCUUUUGGUUCCCUAGUGGGAGAAACAACAGCAUAGACAUUUAAAAAACCCCCACAAAUAAACUUGUAAGAUCUCCCAG